AUAAGUACAGGCGUUGUGAUUGUUUUGCCGCGUUCUUUUUGAUAUUUACUUCCUUAAUUGUAAUUUUUCGGAAAAAAUUAGCACUUUAUAAUUUUUCAACGCUGCCAAUGUAAUAGCAAGGUAUGCAUGAGAGUGAGUAUCUUGUCGUGGAAUUGCUCAUCGACAGUUUCGCUUGGAAGACAAAAAGCGCGUAAACUAAGCCUAUCUUGAAUUCACCGCUUUAAUUCCUUUGUAUUGCGUAGCACGGAAUUGGAUUUGAUGUAUCAUUUGUAACGGAUACUUAUUUUGUGAUAACUCGUGGAGUGCAAAAGAACUCAAGAUGUUUUUAGAAAAUAAAAUGGUAGAUGACAGGAUCUCUAGGGCGAUCGAUAACGACCAUACUGCAGCGAUGAAAGCUCCUGGUGAUAGCAAAAAACAUAUGCGUAAGAAAGGUUCUUCGGGCGACAUGAUUUCCGUGUGCAUGACGUGCAAGAAGGCCUUCAAGAACCCCCUCUUCUACAGAAAGCACAUGCGCCAGCACGCGGAGAAGGCGCUGGCCUGCCACCUGUGCGGCAAGUCCUUCGAGCGCAAGCACCACCUGCAGAGCCACCUGGCGGGCCACGCGCAGCACCAGCAGCAGGGCAAGCACCCGUUCCAGUGCCAGGCGUGCGGCAAGCGCUUCGGCCAGAAGGGCCACCUCACGCAGCACCUCAAGUUCCACGAGAAGGACUUCUUCCAGAAGGAGCCGCCGUGGCGCGAGCGGCCCUUCGAGUGCGAGAUCUGCAAGAAGCGCUUCAACAUCAAGAGCUCGCUGCAGCGCCACAUGAGCUGCCACACGGGCGAGAAGCCCUUCCUCUGCGCCAUCUGCAACCGGGGCUACACGCGCCGCUCCGUGCUCGUGCUGCACAUCCAGCAGGUGCACGAGAACCGCAAGCCCUUCCAGUGCGAGGAGUGCCAGCUCUGCUUCUCGCAGAAGGGCAACCUGCAGGCGCACUUCCGCCGCAAGCACCUGCAGCCCAAGUCCGGAUCCUCCCGCUCGGGGGGCGGCUCCAAGUCCAAGCGGGCCCACAAGCGCCCCUCCAAGGCCAUCAAGAUCUGCGCCAACAAGAACUACGCGGGGAACUCGGAGGACGGCCCCUCGCUGCACAGCUACGCCUCCAAGGCGGGCCGGGGCGCCGCCGCCCGCAAGCAGCGGCUCUCGCCCAAGUCCGGCUCCUCCAGCUGCGAGGAGGAGGAACGGUCCUACUACGUCAACCUCUCCUCCCUGGAGAGCAGCAGUUCCUGCAGCACGUCGGACGAGGCGGCGGCCGGAUCGAGCGGCGACGACGUCCCGGUCGCCGCCGCCCCGGACAAUAACGUCUCCUACGACAUCAAGUCGCUGUCCGAGUUCGAGAGCCUCCUGGACGUGCGGGAGUGGGAGGAGCACCUGGUCACGGACUCGGACCACAUGCUGUGCUCGCUGCUGCCCAACUACGACCUGAGCGACGCGCUCGCCUCGCCCUCCAAGUCCAACGUCGUGCUGACCCGGGCGGCGGCGGACGACGACCUGUACGCCUGGAGCGACUACCCGCUCUUCACGGCGGAGGACCUCGAGGAGAUCAAAGACAUUGGGGGCGCCAACUACUUCGUGCCGCGCCAGAAUUCUAAGACUGCGAACAGUUUCUCCUCGUUCCAGAAGCUGAAUUUCAACUCGUCCUCCUCCCUCCAGGCGUAGGAACGGUUUUUUCGUAGAUCGCGACAUAGCUGUCAACCCUCGGUGCUUUUCCGUCAGCCGGCCCGCAUGUGAGCAACCUUUACUCGGCUAGGGACUGUGUUAGAGUUUCGGGACUCCCGAUUGGCCGGCCGAUGCAGAUGCAUCGGCCAUGU